CGGAUCCCCGUGGGGCGGGGGACCCGCGGCGCACGCAGUCGGGAUAUUCGGCUGCAGCCGCGAAGCCGGGGGCCAGGAGCCGGAGCAGGAGCGGCGGCAGGGAUCGCAGCCCGCCGGGCCCGCCGCAGCCAUGGGCAACCGCGGCAUGGAAGACCUCAUCCCUCUGGUCAAUCGGCUACAGGACGCCUUCUCCGCCAUCGGCCAGAACGCGGACCUCGACCUGCCGCAGAUAGCCGUGGUGGGCGGCCAGAGCGCCGGCAAGAGCUCAGUGCUGGAGAAUUUCGUGGGCAGAGACUUCUUGCCCCGAGGAUCUGGCAUCGUCACCCGUCGUCCCCUAGUUCUGCAACUGGUUAAUUCUACCACAGAAUAUGCCGAGUUCCUGCAUUGCAAAGGAAAGAAAUUCACUGACUUUGAGGAAGUGCGUCUGGAGAUCGAGGCUGAGACCGACCGGGUUACCGGCACCAACAAGGGCAUUUCGCCGGUGCCCAUCAACCUGCGAGUCUACUCGCCCCACGUGCUGAACCUGACUCUAGUGGACCUGCCUGGAAUGACCAAGGUCCCAGUGGGGGACCAACCUCCUGAUAUCGAGUUCCAGAUCCGGGACAUGCUUAUGCAGUUCGUCACUAAGGAGAACUGCCUUAUUCUGGCUGUGUCCCCUGCCAACUCGGACCUGGCCAACUCCGAUGCCCUCAAGAUCGCCAAGGAGGUGGACCCCCAGGGUCAACGCACCAUUGGGGUCAUCACCAAGUUGGACCUGAUGGAUGAGGGCACAGAUGCUCGGGAUGUGCUGGAAAAUAAGCUGCUCCCUCUGCGUAGAGGCUACAUUGGCGUGGUGAACCGCAGCCAGAAGGACAUAGAUGGCAAGAAGGACAUCACAGCUGCCUUGGCUGCUGAACGCAAAUUCUUCCUCUCUCACCCAUCUUACCGCCACUUGGCCGACCGCAUGGGCACACCCUACCUGCAAAAGGUCCUGAAUCAGCAACUGACCAAUCACAUCCGGGACACACUGCCGGGGCUUCGAAACAAACUGCAGAGCCAGCUGCUGUCCAUUGAGAAGGAGGUGGAAGAGUACAAGAACUUCCGACCGGAUGACCCGGCUCGAAAGACCAAGGCCUUGCUGCAGAUGGUCCAGCAGUUUGCAGUGGACUUCGAGAAGCGCAUUGAAGGUUCUGGAGACCAGAUCGACACUUAUGAACUGUCAGGUGGAGCACGCAUUAACCGGAUCUUCCAUGAACGCUUUCCCUUUGAGCUGGUUAAGAUGGAGUUUGAUGAGAAGGAACUCCGAAGGGAGAUCAGCUAUGCCAUCAAGAACAUUCAUGGCAUCAGGACGGGCCUCUUCACACCUGACCUCGCUUUUGAAGCCACAGUGAAAAAGCAGGUGCAGAAGCUUAAAGAGCCCAGUAUCAAGUGUGUGGACAUGGUAGUCAGUGAACUCACGUCCACCAUCAGAAAGUGUAGCGAAAAGCUCCAGCAAUACCCACGUCUUCGGGAGGAGAUGGAGCGUAUUGUGACCACUCACAUCCGGGAGCGUGAGGGCCGCACCAAGGAGCAGGUCAUGCUUCUCAUCGAUAUUGAGCUGGCUUACAUGAACACCAAUCACGAAGACUUCAUAGGCUUUGCCAAUGCUCAGCAGAGGAGCAACCAGAUGAACAAGAAGAAGACUUCAGGGAACCAGGAUGAGAUUCUGGUUAUUCGAAAGGGGUGGCUGACCAUCAACAACAUCGGUAUCAUGAAAGGAGGCUCCAAGGAGUACUGGUUUGUGCUGACUGCAGAGAACCUGUCCUGGUACAAGGAUGAUGAGGAGAAAGAGAAGAAGUACAUGCUGUCUGUGGACAAUCUGAAGCUUCGUGAUGUGGAGAAGGGCUUCAUGUCAAGCAAGCAUAUUUUUGCCCUCUUCAACACAGAGCAGAGGAAUGUCUACAAGGAUUAUCGGCAGCUGGAACUGGCCUGUGAGACACAGGAGGAGGUUGACAGCUGGAAGGCUUCCUUCCUGAGGGCUGGCGUGUACCCUGAGCGUGUUGGGGACAAAGAGAAAGCCAGUGAGACCGAGGAGAAUGGCUCUGACAGCUUCAUGCACUCCAUGGACCCUCAGCUGGAGAGGCAGGUGGAGACCAUUCGGAACCUGGUAGACUCGUACAUGGCCAUUGUCAACAAGACCGUGCGGGAUCUCAUGCCUAAGACCAUCAUGCACCUCAUGAUCAACAAUACCAAGGAGUUUAUCUUCUCCGAGCUGCUGGCCAACUUGUACUCUUGCGGGGACCAGAACACACUGAUGGAGGAAUCGGCCGAACAGGCUCAGCGGCGCGAUGAGAUGCUGCGCAUGUACCACGCACUGAAGGAAGCGCUCAGCAUUAUCGGCGACAUCAACACGACCACCGUCAGCACGCCUAUGCCCCCGCCCGUGGACGACUCCUGGCUGCAGGUGCAGAGCGUACCGGCCGGACGCAGAUCUCCCACGUCCAGCCCCACGCCGCAGCGCCGAGCCCCCGCCGUUCCCCCAGCCCGGCCCGGGUCGCGGGGCCCUGCUCCUGGGCCUCCGCCUGCUGGAUCCGCCCUGGGGGGGGCGCCCCCCGUGCCCUCCAGGCCGGGGGCUUCCCCUGAUCCCUUCGGCCCCCCUCCCCAGGUGCCCUCGCGCCCCAACCGUGCCCCACCUGGGGUUCCCAGCCGAUCGGGUCAGGCAAGUCCGUCCCGUCCUGAGAGCCCCAGACCCCCCUUCGACCUCUAACCAGAUCCCUCCUACUCCUCGGAGACCUCCCUUACCAAGCCUGCCUGGACAGCUGUUCUGUGACUUGACAAUGGCUCCCCCAAAGCCCCAAAGCGUGUCCCCUUCAUCUGUGACUUAGUCUGUUGUAGUGGUGAGCUAACACAUCCAGAUGUGAUGUUGGUGAAAACUUGUGCCCCUCUGUGGUAUUGCUCCUGCGACAUUCUAUAAAUAUCUAUAAAUAUACUUAUAUAUAUAUACAUAUAUAUAUGGCUGACACAGCCUAGCCUGAAGUAUCAGAAUCAACCUUCAUGCUGUCCUUGUGGAGUCUUGUGGUCCAACUACAAGUAAAUGCUGUCACCCUGACAACCCCUCCUCCAAUGUGCCACCUCCAGUGAGCUUCCCUGUCCUCUUGGCCUGUGGACAGCCAUCCCCUGGGCUAUCCCCACCCUGCAGCAUGGGGAUGCUGCACUGGCAGCUGUACGGUUCUCACAGCCACCAGCCUUGCUGUCUCUUGGCUGAGAAUAAAACCCAUUUCUGGAUGAUGGGGAA